AACUCAAAACUUCGAACUUUUCCCUCAUUUGCCCUGUUCCGUGUUCCCCUUCACUUGUGUCUUUCUCUUUAUCCUCGUUCGGCUGGCUCCAUCUCGAUCUUUUGGACGAGGGAUUGUUGUGGUGGUUUCUUGAGAGAAAAGGAUUCAAGUAUACUCCCAUUUUUUGUUGCACCAGAGUCACAUAAUGGGCUCCCCGGAUUGCACAGGUGAACGGAGAAAGUCCGUUCGGCAGGUCAGAGUUACGAAGAAGAAAGCUGGAAGUGGUGGAACCAUUGAGGAAGAGAACGCGGUUCAUGGAGCCGGUAAUGACUCGCAAAUCGUCAAGCAGGAGGAACUUCCUCAACAAAUCACUCCCAAACCUUCGUACGGCUGGCAGAACCCCGCAGAACUCAACUAUUUUACUCCCAGGGACUGGAACGAUACUAAAAUCAUCCAUCAUUUAAUCGCCUACGCUUUCGACGUCCCUCCGAAGAGUCCGAAAAACGGUCAGCCUUUUUGUCAAAUAGUUAGUAUGGAUGGCACCAAGACGGUGCUACCACAUGGGUACAGGAUUCCUCUCAUGUUUCUCGCCCGAUUCCAGUGGUUAUCAUUGAAGUUGGUACUCUCAGCCGCGAAUAGGCAGCUGGAAUGGGAAGAGUACAAGUUUGGUAUUCUGCAUGUUUCGCGGUUGUGUAAACAGCUCUUAGAUUCGGCUCAGGCUGCUCUGGGCGCGAUUGAUUCCGAUUCUAAAACGGGAACGAAGGCGAAACCGAAGGGUGUGGAUAGGAAAUGGAGGUGUCCGACGUUUGAUAGAGCGUUGGUACGAUAUAGGCUUAAGUGGUUCAUAUCAAAGCCAGCCCAGGUUAAGGAAUUCUGGGCUGAGUAUGGGGAAGAUGAAUACGAUAAAGACGUCGUGGGCAUGGGGUGGCGUGGAUGGGCACUCAAAGGCCAUAAGGGAUUUUCGCUUACUGAAGGAGAGAUACAAAACGGCAUAUCUGCACAACAGCUCAUGCAGGGUUUGAAGGAUAGGAAUGGUCAGUGGUAUUGGGAGACCGAGGGUACACCCACAGUCGAGGGCAAUGAUGCUUGGACUUUGAGGCAUAAGGCAUUGGCGGCUAUUCCGAGUUUUGGUACCCCACCAAAUCCACCACCUGUCUCGUGCUUACCUCUCAUAUCAAGGAACUCUUCCAACGUCGCCGCCUUUCCCCCUUCCAAUCCACCUUUCAGGCCGCCCUCCACCGCAACUAUUUCCCCGAAAUCAGUGACGUAUCAACCUCAACAACCACCACAGAGUCCCUCAGUCUCAUCUCCAAAUUCGAAAUCAAAAAGCAAGGCCGCUCAGCAAGAUAUCUUACAGAUCAUGCAAGCAGCUGGUGUAGGGUUGCCACCUGGCACAUUCCCGAAAAGUGAUGUUAAAUCAUCCGGGACUUCGAUACCUGUUACCGCUCAGCUGGUAUCGGCAGGUCAUGGUGAUCCCAGAAAUACCCCAGUACGAAACAGGUUAGUCGGCGAUAAGCGGCCUGGGUCGCCGUUGGAAAAAGAGGGUCCGGCGAAACGGGCUCUGCGACCCUUAUUGGCUCGUGUCGACUCUUCUUCUACCGUCGUUUGCUCAGAGCCAUCAGACCCUGAGCCUCCUCCGUUCACACCUACAGUUUCGUUUAGGCCAAUCAAGCGGGAACCGUCGCUUGAUCCUGAUGUUGAGAUCCUUCAUUCGGCUCCCUCACGCUUCAAACGCCGCACGAGUGGGUGGAAUCUUCAGACGUCCGCGGCCUUGGAAGAUGGAAAUCAGAGUGGUAUGCCAAUGUCUCCGAGCUCGAACGCGUUUGCAAAUAUUACCAAAGGUGAAGCUGCGAGGUUGAUGAGAGCGAAUGAAAGAGAGCUACAGCCGAUGGUCCAGGAAUUGAACUUGCAGCGUAGUGGCCAAAGCGUUGUAAGUGAUGAUAGUGUGGCGGUCGAUAGUAAGUCUCCUACGGAGAAACCUCCGUCGUUACCUUCACCGUCGGGGAAUAGACCCCAAGCACCACCGAAUGCUGUUCUCCUCCCCCCAAGGCCUUCUGUUGCGAUUCCGUCGUUCUCACGUGUACCAUCGGCGACGUCGAGGCCGAUGGGUCCUGCGAUUAACUGUGCCAAGGCGUCUCCGAAUGGAAAUCAUUCACAACAAGUUCCUUCCCCAUCUCCGGCACAACCCAGUCCUCCUAUUGCUCCCAAUGCGAAAACUCUAGAUUACAUUCGGUCAUUGCAUACGCAAUGGCAAGAACAACAUCACGGGAAGGGAAACUCCGAUUCUGCGAUGCAAGUGUCAGGUGUGAACGGAGUCGCUGCUGCCGCCGAUACAUCAUCAUCCACAUCUGGUCCCUCGUCAAAUCAACGCGGCGUCGUCGUUGCGUCGACGCCGCAGAACCAGGGUGGAAAUCUGCCGUUGAUGAUGGAGGAUGUGGUGAAGAAGAUCACUGCGGAGAUGAAUGAUAUGAUGGAGGUCGUUCGGAAGGACAUUAGAAAUGUGAUAAGUGACGUGAUCAGAGGUGAGAUGGAGAAGAUCAAGGGUGAUAUUGGAGAUGUUAAGCGGGAGGUUCAGAAUGGUUUUACUGGGAUGGAGAGGGGAAUUCGGAGUUCUAUAGCAUCUCAUCUUGACGGGAUCGUCAGGUCGGCGACGAAGGAAGAGGUAAGCAGGGUAUUUGGGGAUGCGGGCACCAUAAAAGACCUACUCGCUAAGGCUGCGAGUAGGUCUACAGAUGGUGCCGUUGAUGAGUUCCGGAAGGAACUCGCUAAAUCUAGAGAAAGAGAGCAGCAGCGAGAUGCUGUUCUCCAGGAAAUGCGAAGUGAACUCGAGAGUAUACGGGAAGCUGUAUCAAGCGGUAACCAUAGUCGAGAGACGGUGACUCCUGUUACUGUUCCACGUCCUGCUGCUCCGGCGGAAACUUCAUCCCUACUGUUCGGUCAUCCAUUAGCCCAUCUCUGCGUUGAGAAGAUCGAAACAGAUGAGGUUGAAAACUCUAGCGAUAUGAUACCAGGUCUCUCAUACACUGACCAGGGAUCAUCUUCUCUACAAGGUCAACCUCGAAACGCCGAUCCUGCUUCUCCUCCUCCUCCUCCUCCUCCUUCUGGAAGCAGCCGCAGCUACAGUGGGACCCCGAUGUCGAUGAGUCCCGAUAUUGUGUUACUGGAACUUGAACCAACGGAACAGAAAUACACCAUACCUGAUCCGGAACCCAUUGAAUCUCCGGUCGUAUCACCACCACGACGUGCUUCGCCCAACCUUUACGAGGAUAUCAUCGACGUAAAGCCUAUUAUUAUUGAUGGGGAGGCGUUCUUGCCCAAUAAUGCGGGAGAACCUACACCGUUGACGGCGUUUCCGAGCCCGAUACCAGCGAGAUCGCAUCGGAAGUUUAGGAAGAUGGGUAUGAUGGGUGGUGGGGAAUGAUCGAUGAUCUUUACAAUGCACGCCAUUUUUUUUUUUGUGGGUUGUUUUUUUCAUUCCCCUGUUAUGUACUGGUAAAUGGCCGAUCGCGAGGGAUGUCGGUGUUGAAACGUUGAUGGCUGCGGUAUACUUAUGCAUAGUUUUUAUAGUUUAGGGAUUCUCAAAUAUUCUUCUUCUUCUUUUUUUUCCUAUUGCUAUACUUAUAUCGCUGCCGUACAUGUUCACCCCCCCCCCCC